AUGAACAAACCUAGGAGAAAAUGGCGGAAAAUCCUCUACGGGAACGAAGGUUACCCGGACAACUACACUGAUGUAUCGUUCCUGGACGAAAUGAAGAAGAACAUCAACAUGCAUCAAGUGACAUUAAAAGAAGCUAUUUUGGGAGCUGGAUUGGUCACACAAGAGUUCUGCCUCGUCGUUCUGUUCAUUGUUAUCUUCAUGUACCUUCACAACGGCUGGUUGCCUCUAGAACUCAUUCUGGCUCAAACAGGAGUAGUUUCAUUGUUCUGUUACGUGAUCUGUAUCUACAAUGAAUCUGGAAGAUUACGCCACGUGCGAACCGUCCUAGUCUUUUUCAUUUUCGGUUACAUUUUAUCUCCCGUGUUGAAAACACUGACUGAAUCAAUCAGUACAGACACGAUUUACGCUACCACAGUUUUCAUGAUGUCUGUUCACCUGAUUUUUUUCGACUACGGUGUCAAAGCUCUGAUAGUGUCGAGUUCUUUAUCGCUAAAUUCCGCUAUUUUUGGUGCCAUUUGUCUCUCUUCUCGGCUGCCGAGUUCGUUCCACGUGUUUAUUUUGUUGUGUUUAACAGUCGAGUGUUUUGUGAUGUUACCGCUUGUCUUAGCGAAAGUAGAAGGCUCGUUUGGAACAUUGUUUACCCUUACUUGUCUGACCGUUUACUCUCUAUGGACGGUUUCGUUUACGAUGACUGUGUUAUUUGUUCUCGUUGUGUUGUUUAUCAACGUUCUUUGUCCGGUUUGGUUCCUCAAGUGGUAUAGAUACAAGGAGAAUAUUUAUGGACCUUGGGACGAAGCUGUUGUCGUGCCUUUAGCUUCUUCUGAAAGUUGA